AUGACCGCCCAGGCUUCCUCUUCUGCUGUCCUCGCGACGAGUGACCUCAAUCCCGACGAGACCAACCUCCCCAAGCACACAAACGGCGACACCAUCCACCACCAACCCAACAACCUACCCCUCACCUUCCUGCAAUCGCCCGCCGCGAUCCCCCCACGUACCUCGUCUGUACAAUCGACACCCGGAGCUGCGGCCGCAACCGAGACCGACUGGCUAUCCAGCCACAAACGUCAACGGAGCCGCAAAGUCUCCAACGGCGCUGGCCUCACCACCAACAACAACACCACCGCAAUGUCGACACCCCCAGACCCGUCCCGGUUCGCAACCGAGGACUUCUUCCUCCACACCCGCCGCCCCUGGUCCGAAGAAAAAAACAAAGUCCUCACCGGCCCCUUCGACUACCUCAACAACCACCCGGGCAAAGACUUCCGCUCGGCCCUCGUCAAAGCCUUCGACGCCUGGCUCGAAGUGCCCCCCGAAUCCCUCGCCAUCAUCACCCGCGUAAUCAGCAUGCUCCACACGGCCUCCCUCCUCGUCGACGACGUCGAAGACAACUCCCAACUCCGCCGCGGCUUACCCGUCGCCCACUCCAUCUUCGGCACCGCCCAAACCAUCAACUCCUCCAACUACAUCUACUUCUGCGCCCUGCAGGAACUGCAAAAACUCCGCAACCCCAAGGCCGUUACCAUCUUCACCGAGGAACUCUUGCAUCUCCACCGGGGGCAGGGCAUGGAUCUCUUCUGGCGGGAUACGUUGACUUGUCCGACGGAGGACGAUUACCUCGAGAUGGUCGGCAACAAGACCGGGGGGCUUUUCCGCUUGGGGAUUAAACUCAUGCAGGCCGAAUCCCGCAGUUUGGUAGACUGUGUCCCCCUGGUCAACGUUAUAGGCCUAGUCUUCCAGAUCGCAGACGACUACCGCAACCUGUCCAGCACGGAGUACGCCGCCAACAAGGGCAUGUGUGAGGACCUGACAGAGGGGAAAUUCAGUUUCCCCGUGAUCCACAGUAUCCGGUCUGCACCGGGGAAUAUGCAGUUACUAAAUAUCCUGCGGCAGAAGACGGAGAAUGAGGAGGUGAAGAGGUAUGCGGUCAAGUAUAUGGAGAGCACGGGGAGUUUUGCGUAUACGAGGGAGGUGUUGGCUGUGUUGAUUGCGAGGGCGAGACGGAUGGCGGAAGAGCUGGAUGAGGGGAUGGGCAGGGCGGUGGGGAUUCAGAGGAUUUUGGAUCGUAUUGAGGUUAAGGAGGGGGAGGCCGAGGGGAUUUGGGGGGAUGGAAAGGGGAGGGAGGGGAAAUAA